AUGGCUGAGGAACUAGACGAGCAAAUAUGGGAACAGUUCCUCGCCCAGCACCAGUCACUUGUGUCCUCACUUGAUACGCAUGCCUCUCUAUUGGCGCAGAUGCGCAAACAUUGCAUAGACGGUGGUCCAGUCGUUGGCCUGAUCGAGACACGUCUCAUAACUACCGAGAACAUGAUUGCAACCUUUAAAGAAUCAACCGACUCCUUGAGAGAAGUAGUGAGACAGGAAGAAGCUCCACCGAAAGCAACAAGUUAUUCAAUCCCUAUCGUGGCUGCGCCCGAGCCUCACGUUUCAAACCCGCCCGUUAUAGAUCCUAGUGGUCUUUUUACAGUGGACACAAAUCCCACUCCGCUCGAGCACUUGUUCCGAGACAAGACGACCAACGGGGACGAAUCAAAGAAGCAUGCCAAAAGGAAAGCCAGUGAUCUGGAGAACCAUGCGCAAGUUAGGAACAGCGGGUCUGGACAUGCACCACAAUCCAAGAAAGCGAGGUCGAACCAUCAACAAUCGGAAGAGGCUGUGGGUGAGGACGAUUCUUUCAUACGGGGCGUAGAAGCGAGAUCACGAGCAAAAGAAGAACGCAGAAAGGCCAGAACGGAGAAGAAACGCAAGCGCCAGAGUGACGGGUCGACGAACAGCGUGAACAAAGGUCCGAAGAAUAAGAAGCAAAAGCAAAAGCACACACCGAAGCUCCCGGCCACCACUAAGCCGGUUGAAACUCAGACGAAGAAGGGCAACAAGCGGAACAAGGAGGAGGCGGCCAGCAACGGGGCACCAAACGGCCGGCCUAUUAAGAAGCGCAAGAAAUCAAAGUCUUGA